UAAACUCAGAAGGCCAUAACCAUGAACUCCAUGGCUGAGCAGAAGAAGCUUCAUAUAGCCCUGUUUCCAUGGCUAGCCUUUGGUCACAUGAUCCCUUUUUUAGAGCUCGGCAAGCUCAUAGCCCAAAAGGGUCACUGUAUUUCAUUCAUAUCAACCCCUAGAAACAUUGAACGCCUCCCGAAGAUCCCACCAGAUUUAGCACCUUCCAUAACUUUCGUGAAGCUGCCCUUACCCCACGUAGAGAAUCUGCCAGAAAACGCAGAAGCAACCAUGGACGUACCAUACCACAUAAUCCCAUACCUUAAGAUAGCCCACGAUGGUCUCCAAGAUCCUUUGUCUCAUUUUUUAGAAACUUCGGCUCCUGAUUGGAUUAUUCACGACUUUGCCCCUCACUGGUUACCACCAAUCGCCACCAAGCUAGGCAUCUCACCGGCUUUCUUCAGUAUUAUCAAGGCAUCAUCCUUGUGCUUUCUCGGACCGUCAAAGUCGAGUACAAGGACGGAGCCCGAGCAUUUCACUGUCCCUCCCAAAUGGGUCCCCUUUCCAACCAAAAUAGCGUUUCGAUUCUUUGAGGCCAAGAAAAUCUUUGACCACCAUGAAGUCAAUGAUUCCGGUGUUUCAGACGUGUUUCGUCUCGAGAUGGUACUCUCAGGCACCGAGGCCUUGGCUAUUAAAACCAGCAUGGAGGUCGAAGGUGAGUGGUUGAAGCUCCUUGGAGAGCUUUAUAAUAAACCCGUAAUUCCAGUGGGCUUAUUGCCACCCUCGGCGCAAGAAAACGGAGACAGCAACAAAGAUUGCAGAUGGGAUGUGAUUGUUGAGUGGUUAAACAAGCAAGAGAAAGGAUCGGUGGUUUAUAUAGCACUCGGAAGUGAAACUCAACCAAGUCAACAAGACUUCACAGAGCUGGCUCUUGGACUUGAGCAAUCGGGAUUGCCCUUCUUUUGGGCUCUAAGAAAACGAAGCGGCUCUGUAGGUGGGGAUUCAGUUGAGCUACCGGAAGGAUUCGUGGAGCGAACCGAAGGUCGUGGGAUUGUUUGGACGGAUUGGGCGCCUCAGUUGCGAAUAUUAGCUCACGGAUCGGUGGGGGGUUUCUUGACUCACUGCGGUUGGAGUUCAGUGACGGAGGCAUUGCAAUUUGGACGCGCACUCAUUCUGCUGCCCUUCUUGACGGACACAGGAUUAAUAGCAAGGUUUUUGGAAGAGAGGGAGGCAGGAGUUGAGGUGCCCAGAAAUGAGCAAGACGGGUCGUUUACAAGGGACUCAGUGGCCAAAACGUUGAGGCUGGUUAUAAAGGAUGUGGAGGGAAGGAUUUAUCGGGACAACGCCAAGGAAAUGGCUAACAUAUUCGGAGACAUGGACCUCCAGUCCAGAUACACCGACAAAUUUGUUGAGUUCCUUCAAAACCACAGCCGUGUCGGUGUAGCAUGAAUUUGCCUUCUUGUUUAGCCUACUCUUACGCAUGAAUAAUGUUCCACGUGUGUGAAGUUGAAAAUAUUUUUCUUCGUUUUUAUUGAUAGAAGGUACUUGUUAUUUUGUAUUCUC